AUGCUUCGAGGGAAUCCGAAAGUGAAGGUGGAGGUAGGGGACGAUUAUGGCCAAGGAGGUGCGUGUGAAUGGACGUCGGGGGUUCUGUCUGAGGAGAUCGCCAGGGCGUCGGAGCGCAGAGGCCGCUUGAGGGAGGACAGUCUCAGUGAGAAGAGCUUUCCCUUCUGGCUGUGGAUCGAAGCUAUCCUGGACCUCAUCAAGAGACAUCUGCUGUCCCUGUGGAACGAUGGUUGCAUCCUGGGCUUUGUGAGUAAGGAGAGGGAGAAGGCCCUGCUGACUGGGAAGUGUCCAGGCACGUUCUUGCUACGCUUCAGUGAGAGUAGCAGAGACGGAGCCAUCACAUUCACUUGGGUGGAACACGACCAAUACGAUAAGCCUGUAUUCCAUGCAGUGGAGCCCUACACCAAGAAGGAGCUGUCUGCUGUCUCUCUGCCUGACAUCAUCCGCACCUACAAGGUGAUGGCAGCUGAGAACAUCCCAGAGAACCCACUCCGCUUCCUCUACCCAGACAUCCCCAAAGACAAGUCCUUCGGAAAGUACUACGCUAGGGCCUCCGAGGCAUCGGAGCCUAUGGAUGUGGAGAGUUCCAGCAGCACAGGAUACAUGAAGACAGAACUCAUAUCGGUGUCAGAAGUUCACCCAUCUAGACUGCAAGACAACAUGAUGCCCAUGUCGCCAGACGUGUUCGGUGAGCUGAAGAGGAGCGUUGCACCAGUGUUCCAGUGUUGGACUGGUCCAAAGGAGAUUGAUGCUGUGGCGUCUGAUCUCGGAGAGUUUUUAGCUGAAGACUUUCAGAUGUUUCAGAACACACCUGACUUGGACUGCAACUGAGCCAACAGACAGGUGGAACCUGAUCUUUUAGUUGUCUAGUUUUAUACUGAAGCCCAUUUCCGUCCUUUACUCUCCUUGAACUUCAGUAGUCACGUUCCAGAACAAAUACAUUUUACACUUAUAUAUUAUUAUAUGUAUUACACAAUUAAUAAUUUGGUGGUAAUGUGCAUGAACAUAAAAGACUUAGCUAACUACUGUAACAUUUGUAUAAUGAAUGAAUAGGGACUCCUAUGUCUUUCCAUGCCAAUAUUCAACCAUAUACAGUCCCGUGGGGUUAACUUGCGACGCCAGGGUUGUGGGAUCGAUUCUCAAGGGGGACCAGUUAAAAGUGUGGAAAUGUAUGCACUCACUACUGUAAGUCACUCUGGAUAAGAGCGUCUACUAAAUGACCCCAAAAAAUGAAUAAAGGGAGGUACCAUCCAUCUUUAAAAUGA